GCCGACGUCCUUCUUACAAAUACUCAGUCUUAUCAAGAGUUUUUGGCUCAGUCAACUCUCGCUUCGUUUUGAAGAGAGGCCAAUUGCGGUCUUCCGGGCAUAGCAAGGCCUUCUAGCAAUGACGGAGUCAAUUUACACCACAUACCCUCCGAAGUUGAGUGCUGCACAAGAGCAGUUUCUCGUUUCAACGAUCAAAGACUGGACGGUCCAACAUGGCCUGACCGUUAGACCUCCACCAACUUUUAUCUCCCAAGAGACUGUCUCAAAAGGAGUGCUGGCAACCAAUGCGCCGGUUACGUUAUUUCCUAGUCCGUUCCCAAAGGCGUGCUUUGAAGAGGCAAGAGCAGUACAGAAAGUGUAUAAUGAAUUAUAUGCGCGGAUAACAAGUGACGAGAAGUGGCUAGGGGAGGUCAUUGAAGAGCUGAUCGACGUCGACGACUUUGUUGCCGGACUCUGGAAGGUUCAUCAGGCUGUUUCACAGGAAGGAUAUGUGCAAGACUUGUCCCUGGGACUUUUCCGGUCCGACUACAUGGUGCAUACCCUGGACUCCGAGACUGCAUCAUUGAAGCAAGUAGAAUUCAAUACAAUUUCGUCUUCAUUCGGCGGCUUGUCUUCUCGUGUAGCGGCCCUACAUACAGAGCUGUUGCAAUCACCACCCGGUCACUCGUUAAGCUAUCCGUCACAUCCGUUAUUUGAUGGAAGAGUUCCACCGGAGAACACGGCUGUCGAAACACUCAGUGCAGGGCUAGCCGCUGCACACAAAGCAUAUGGACUAUCAAAGUCAUCACCAUCUUUACCUCUUGCCAUACUAUUCGUUGUCCAAGAUGGUGAACGCAAUGUAUUCGACCAACUAGCACUCUCUACUCGACUGACACAGUUCCAUAAAAUUCCCGUGUUUCGACUGGUGACGGGUGAGAUCUUAGACCGGACAUCAAUACCAGAUGGUAACCCAUCAAGACCCAUACUAUAUACGCCACCUCAUGCGCCAGAUAGUCUGUUUGAAGUGACGACUAUCUACUUAAGAAGUUUCUACGCACCCACCGACUACAUAACCGACCGGGACUGGAGUGCUCGACUUCAGCUGGAACGUUCUGCCGCAAUCAAGUGUCCUACUAUCCUCAAUCAGCUGUCUGGCUGCAAAAAAGUCCAGCAAGUCCUCGCUGACCCGAACAAGCCAGAGAAUCUUGCAAGGUUCAUAGCAGCAACGGAUGUAGAAGGGACUCAGGAGAAACUUCGCAAGACAUUCGCUCCGCAAUACGAUCUAUCGCCCAACGGGCGGGGUAGAGAACUUGCCCUCAACCCAAAAACAGCGUCACGACACGUCCUGAAGCCACAAAGAGAAGGCGGCGGUAAUAAUGUUUACAAAGAGGCCAUACCAGGCUUUCUCAAAUCAAUACCAGAAAGUGACUGGAAAGGCUAUGUAUUGAUGGAACUAAUUCAACCGCCGUCGGAAGCCACUAAUGUGGUACUCCGUAGCGAUGGAGAAGUACUCGGCGGCAAUGUCGUUGGCGAGCUAGGCAUAUUUGGUACUAUUUUAUGGAAAUCGAAUGGUGAAAUUUUGCAUAACCAAGAAGGAGGAUGGCUGAUGCGAACGAAGGGUAAGGAGAGUAAUGAGGGAGGAGUUGCGGCUGGAUUCUCAUCUUUGGAUAGCAUUAUUUUGUACUAGACUACUUCAUCUUAAUAGACGGAUGCUUCCCUGAUUG